GGGGGGGAGAAAAAGAUCAUAGAAGCUUCAAAGCAACGACUAGAAGGAACCGAAUGAGAAACCUACUUUGGCCCGUAACCCCAUUUCCUUUUUCUUUUGUUUUUUACACAACACAAAACCCCAAAAACCAGAGCUUUUUUUUUUUUUUUUUUUCCCUCUCUCUCUCUCUCUCUCUAUAGCUGUCCUGUCCGAAACGACGCGUUUCAAUUGGCACCGACUUGUGCCUAUUAAUGGCGUUUCUCCCACACCUGCUAGAGCUACAACAACCUAUGUAUACACUUGUAUUCUUCACUUUCUCUCUUCUCUCUUUUUCUCUCCUCUGUUUCUCGCUCUACAAGAGGCUCCAUAGAACAGAGGGCCAAACCCAGAACCCAAUCUUGGAGCACAAGCCUCGUGAUCUGAGCCCGACCCAUUUGACCCAUUCGCUUCUUUUGGAGAUCUUACCCUCCAAUUCUGCGAAAUGGGAGGGAUUGUUUGGUGGGGACCCGGGUGUUGAUGGGUCAGGGGGGUUGGGUGGGGAGAGGGGUGAGGGUGAUUCAGGUGGGGAGCAGAGGGAGAAGAAGAAGAAGAAGAGAGUGAAGAAGAAGAGGGCGAAGGGGGGAGACGAUGGUGUUGAGGAGAAGGAGAAAGAGAAGGAGAAGCAAGAAUUGGUGUGUUUGUACCCGUUUACAUCGUCUUCUAGUGCUACACAGAGGAAAAUCAAGCAACAGUAUGAUCAACUUGUGAAGUGCCAUGGCUCUAAGGGGUUAACACUGGCUCAGGUUGGACAGUUUGCUAAUUGCUUGAUUGAGGCUAGAAAUGAGCUACAGCACAAGUCUGAGGUCAUCCAACGUAAGUUCACGAUAACAAAGGCUCUAUUAUUCAAGGCAGAUAGGUCUUCAUUUGAUCGUCUUCGUCAACAGAUAUACAAGCUAGAAAUGGAACAAAAGAGAUUAGAGGAGGAUGCAUUUGUUUAUAACUGGCUUCAACAACAACUUAAGCUCUCACCAGCAUACAAAAAGAUGCUUGAGAUUAGUGCCUGCAUGGAGUUGAAGGCCAAAUCUGGCGAGCUGACGGAAGGCACAGACAGUACAGAUACUGAAUUUUCUGACAUUUCAUUUGAAGAGUUAUUAGCUCAGGAGAAGAAGGAUUCAUUCUGGCAGAAGAAUGGCAAGCCGAGGUCUUGCUCGGGCCGAUGAAAGCAUUUGUUUGUUAACUACACUCAAGUCUCACCAAUAGUGGUUUUCCCAGUGGAUGCUAAUCAAUCAAAUCCUCUAGAUAUGAUGAGAAAUUCAGCAUUGUAUAUCACGACUAGCUAACAACCAAAACCAUCCUGUUGGAAGUUGAACUUUGAUGAUAAGCUGCAAGAAGGCCUCUCUCUAUGCAUGGCCUUUUGAUACCAAAAGUAGUGAAUGUGUCUCAGAACUUAACAGACAUGACUUGUGUUGUGGAUUUGACCCCAAGUCUACAUAUGGGGCAAAAAAAAAAAAUUCUGAAAGAUGGGAGAUUUUUCUCGGUUUUGGGUUUGCUUAAUUUUUAUCCAAAAACUGGGUUUCUUAUCAUAUUGCUCAUAUCAUCAUCAUAUUCAAAUAAGUUGUAGGAAUGGAAAUUUGCCUUGUGACAGCAGCUUAGGCAUAUAUAACCCUUUGUUUUCGGUAAGAAGAUAUUGCAUUUAUUUGUUUAAUGCUGCAAUGAAUUUGGUGUUUUGUAUA